AUGGGGUUGUUUCGACUGGGAGUGGGGAUGGUUGAUAGUAUUCCGAUAAUUCACGAGGACGAUCUUGCCCCUAGUGUUUCGGUGGAGAGGCGUCGGCGCUCUCUCGCUUUGUGCAUCUCUUCCUUGUUGAUCGUCGAUGGGCUUUGUCGCAAGGGUUCUCUCUAUAGGAAGCUUCCUAUGGAGCCCCUCAAGCUCUCUGUGCUCAAAUUGGACGGCUCUUGCUUCGAUAUUGAAGUUGAAAAGACAGCCACUGUUGCUGAACUCAAGCAGGCUGUGGAGGCAGUCUUCGGUCAGAAGGGACCGUGCAAAAUUUCAUGGUCACAUCUAUGGGGACAUUUCUGCUUGUGCUAUAAUGGUCAAAAGCUAGUCACACAAACUGACUCUAUCAGAAAUUACGGCAUCAAGGAUGGUGAUCAGCUUAAGUUUGUUCGGCAUAUUGCAAUCGGCUACAACCUGAGAAAGAGGCGAGCAAAGAAACGGGUUGUUGGCUCUAAGCAAAAGUUGUCAGCAAUGCAAGCAAAUAGCUGUGACGAGGGGGAAACGAGGGAUGAGAAAGAUAGUGAUUGCGGUGAUAUCGAGAAGGGGGAGGUCCUGCGUUACAAUAAAAAGGAUCGGCGUUUGAUUCAAUACCGCAAGUCCAGGAUGGCUGGCCUACUGGGAGGGUGGUACUUAAACGCAAGGCUAUCAACUAUUAGGAGGAGGAAGAUUGUGGGCUUGGCUUGUCCUGCAGGAAUUGCCACUGGUUUGGUGGGUGGUUUUAGAAAGAUUAUAUGGCUUUGCAGAAGAAAACCCUCUUCUGGGAGGAUACAUGGGGAAAGGAUUGAUGCUUCUGCUUGAAUUGGUUAGGCAGGAUCCAUUUCUUCAAAUUCCUUUGCGCUAUACUGUUAAAUUCUUAACACGUUCAAAAGUGUGUUCUUAGUAAAAAUAUUGAGCCGAUCCGAUGUAUGUCAGUUAAUUUUUCUUCAUGGGGGAUAAUCUUCCAAUGCUCAGAGUCAGGACACCAAUCAAAAGUUUUAAUAGGUAGGUAGUUCACAGGGGGGAAAUUACCGUAUGCCAUCAUGUGGUUUGCUGAAUAACAUCGUGAUCACUUGGUUCACUUUUUAAAUGUAUACUUGUGAGAGUCCUUGAAAUUGUUCACCCUCCGAGGAUGGCUGCGAUGUAGCCACAAACCGUCCUGACCAUCCCGUGGAUGGUGCGCAACCAUCCAUGCGAGGAAAGG